AUGGACUUCGCAGUAAAGGAGAUCAAUGAAAAUCCUCAGAUGUUACCCAACCUCACUUUGGGCUUCCACAUUUAUGACAGCUAUAACAAUGCCAGGAGGACCUAUCAGGCCACAAUGCUGCUUCUAUCAGCACUGGAGAGAUUCAUCCCAAACUACAUUUGUGAUAAACUGAAAAAUCUGAUAGCAGUUAUUGGGGGACUGGAUUCUGAAAUUUCCAUGAAUAUGGCAACUCUCCUGAAUAUCUAUAAGGUUCCACAGUCUCAGCCUCUUUCGUUAUGUAAUGAGAGGUGCCACCCUGGCUUUAGGAAGAAAUUGAAAGAGGGAGAGCCAUUUUGCUGUUAUGAUUGCAUCCCAUGUCCAGAAGGGAAGAUUUCAGAUCAGGAGGAUAUGAAUGACUGCAAUCAAUGUUCAGAAGAAGAAUAUCCAAACAAUAAUCGGGAUGUGUGUAUUCCCAAGGAUAUAAGCUUUUUGACUUAUGGAGAACCUUUGGGGAUCAUUCUGGCCUGUUUUGCCCUUUCUUUUUCUUUCAUCACAGCUCUGGUCCUGGGAACAUUUUUGAAGCAUCACAACACACCCAUUGUCAAAGCCAACAACCGGGACCUCACCUACACUCUUCUCAUCUCCCUCCUGCUCUGCUUCCUUUCUGCACUGUUGUUCAUCGGCCGACCUGAAAGGGCAUUCUGUCUCCUUCAACAGACUGCUUUUGGCAUCAUCUUCUCAGUGGCCAUUUCUUGUAUACUGGCAAAAACUUUCACAGUAGUUCUGGCUUUCAUGGCCACCAAACCAGGAUCUAGGAUGAGGAAGUGGGUGGGGAAGAGAAUGACCAAUGCCAUUGUGGUUUCCUGUUCCCUUAUUCAAAUAGGUGUCUGUACUGCUUGGCUGGGAUCCUCACCCCCAUUCCCUGAUGUUGACACGCACUCAUGGGCUUUCCUUGCCAGGAAGUUACCGGACAGUUUCAAUGAAGCCAAGUUCAUCACUUUCAGUAUGCUGGUCUUUUGUAGUGUUUGGAUAUCUUUCUUUCCAAGCUACCUCAGUACCAAGGGGAAAUAUAUGGUAGCGGUGGAGAUCUUCUCUAUCUUAGCCUCUAGUGCUGGUCUUCUGACUUGCAUUUUCGCCCCGAAAUGCUACAUUAUUGUGUUGCGG